ACUGCUCACCUCUCCUGGAAGAGCAAAACAGUUACCAUGGUGAUUCAAUAUUCUCAUUCUCAAUUUUUCUUCUCACAUCCUCAUCUCUCUCUCUCUCUCUUUCUUUCUUUUGGUGUUGUUUUCAUUUUUUUUUUCGUCUUCACUUGUGAUUACAAUUAUGUUCUUCCUAAAAUUGUGUUAAUUUUCCCUUAAUUGUGUUACUUUCAAUCAGUUUCUUUUCUUCAUUUUUCUAACCAAUUUUGUUUUUUUUCUUGGUUUAAGAAAAACUGAAAAAGAUCCUGAAAAUGUCCGAGUUAAAAUGUGAAGCUCCUUUGGCUGCUGGUGAAGAUUGGCCUGAUUUUAUUGAUUACCAAGGAUUCAACAAUAACAACAACAUAAACAACAAGAAGAAUAACAAAGAAAUUAACCAGGAAAACGAUGAUAUUUACGAGCCAAGUGAAAUUGAAUUGGAAAAUAAUCGACGUAAUCAAAAGAGUAAUAAUUGUAAAUUAUCAUCUUCAUCUAACACUUUAGAUGAUGUUGACUCCGGUUUUUUGGAAACCAAUUUCAAAGAGACAAUUUCUGGUUCACUAGAGGAUCUGGUUAAUACAUUUGAUGAGAAAAUAACUAAUUGUUUCCAUGAUUAUGAUACAUCGGUAGAGAAAAUAGCUCCUGUUCAAGUUCGUGCUCAAGAAGAUAUUAUCAAUGACUCACAAAUGUGGUGGACCUUAACUGGUAAUUUUGGAAAUAUUUUACCCAUUGAUUGGAGUCAAUCUUACGCUCGACAGUUACAAUUACCCUCACUUAAAGUUAAAAAUCAAAAAGGAACAAAUAAUUUUAUCAAUUGUGUAAACAAUCACAAUAAUAACGUUGAUUGUAGUGAUAUAAUUUUAGGAGAUUCGACCCUUGAUGAAGAGGAUUUAGCCAAAGAUUUGGAUUUACAUUCUUUAAUCUUAUCAAGUCUUCACCAGGAGCCCAUUUUCACAGCAGAACAAGUUCUUGAAGAGAUUGAUGAAAUAAUGGAGGCAAACUCUGUUCUUCAUGAUAAAGAUUCAACAAUAAACUCACCAACAACAACCAUAAAUACAACCACAACCACCACCAUGAUUGAUUCAACAAAAGUUACAACAGAAACAAAAACAAUACAAAACGAUGAUUUUAAAGGAAACGAUUGUGAAAAUGGAAUACGAUCAUUGAUUUAUCGGGAAAAAUUGGAAAAGUUAACAAUCACCCAGCUCAAUGAGCUUUACAUUGAAUUGGAACGAAUGAUUCAAGGUUAUUCGGAAACAUUGAUCCAAGAAUUAGCCUUACGAGAUGAAUUGGAAUUCGAGAAAGAAUUGAAAAACACUUUCAUCUCACUUCUUCUUGGAAUUCAAAAUAAACGUCGUAAACAUCACAUGGACCGUAAGAAGAGCGGCAAAGGGACUUGCGAACCGAAAUACUUGACCACUGUUAUCCCUUAUAAUCCAGCUGAUGGUCCUCCUGAUGUGAGGAAAAUUCAAAUUCUAAUAAAAAUUUUGAAAGCAGUUAAUGAAGACAGUCCAACUGUGCCCACCCUGUUGACAGAUUUCAUAUUAAAAGUGUUAUGUCCAACAUGAGAGAUGACAAGAUGACCAAAGAUUAUUAUCAUCAACAGAAUUUGCUCUCAACUAAUUUAUUAAUUGCCUAGAAAUUACUCUUCUCUCUCUCUCCAUUUCUUCAACUACAUCUUCAAGUUUAUUUUCCGGAUAAUUGUUAUUAAAUAUUAAAUAGUAACACUUCUAGUUGAUGGUCAAAAUUAAUUUUAAUGGACACUCAUCAUCUUCAUCUACACUUUAAUCACUUAUAUUCAUGGCUACCAAAUUUCAUCAAUUCUGUUAUGUUGUUAUCAUCUCAUGGACCACGAAAAAUGCGACGAGUUAACCGCCAUCACCGAAAAUCUCUAGUCAAUCUUAAAUUCUUUACUUUUUUUCAUGUGUCAUUCGCCAACAAUUAACUAAAUUUCUUAAUUUAUUUUCUUUUUCUCAAUGAAAACCAAAACCUUUGCUUUCUUUACACUUUCCAUUGCCCAGCGCUAUCAACACUUGGCUUUUAAGUCCGGAAAGAGAUACAAAUAACCAGCACCAACAAAAUACUCAAAUUGUUGAUCCAGAUUGAUAAUUAUCUUAAAUUGUUUUAAUCAUCAUCACCCUUUUCAACAUGAUUAACUUCAUCGCUGCCAAUGUGUCCUGUUUAAAGAAAAGCAAAACAAGAUCAAUCUUUCAACAAUUUACUAAUUGCAAACGAUUCUCUCAUCGCUUCUAACUGCUACUAAACUUUUUAUUGAUUCAUUUUUCUCGUUAAAUCUAAUUUAAUUAUCGAUUGUUUUGAUUAUCGUCUCUCCAAUUCACUUAAACGAAUGGAUUUCAGCCAAUUUAAUCCAAUGGAUCAACUCGGAGAAUCUUUUCCAAUGCAAUUUAAUUCAUUCACGUUCAUUAGAAAACAAUUGUUUUGAUUUUGAUUUUUCCUCAUUUUGGUAAUAAUUAAUAACUAAUUAACCAGAAGUAAUCACAGUAAUUAACAAUCGAUUACGAGUUUCCAUCUAAUACUUUGUGGAUCUCGACCCACAACUCAUACAAUUACCACACUUUAAAUUAAUUAUCUUAUUCUUUGGUCUUUAAAACUGUAAAAAAAAGACAAUUUACCAAGAGUAAAAGCAAAUUAAUUCUAAUAUAAUUAAUGUAUUCCUGUAAAAGAGAAAGUUAAUUGAUUGUAAUCUCUUUUUCCUUAAAAAACCAUAAGAAAAAAAAAACUAUUUCUUUGGUUCGUCAUCACCGAAAAUCAAAUGUCCUCAAUUCGGAAAAUCAAUAAAAAUAAACUAACUGUUAAAACGAAAGUAAACAA